ACUUCACUCUGACGGUGCCUAGUGUUAAUCAAGGUGAAAUGGCCUCAAUAGACUCUGGAGAAUUCUCAGAUCUUGAACACAAAGGUGUAGCAGUUCUCUACUUUCUUUUUGGAGUAUUAGGAGUUUUGAUGAACUCGUUUGUGCUGAAAACUUUUAUGAAGGAUGGCGUGUUGACCUCCCCAAAAAAUCUCCUCCACAUGAACCUGGCGUUCUCUAACAUCCUCAUGGUCCUUGGGUUUCCCUUCUCAGGCCUCUCCAGUUGGCACGGGAAGUGGAUGUUUGGUCAACAGGGUUGUCAAUUAUAUGGAGUUGAGUCCUACACGGGGGGUAUAGCUUGUACAGGCUUUGUAUUUGCUUUAUGCUUUGAACGGUACCUUGCCAAUCGACAAAGACAAAUAUACGAUACAAUGAGCUCCAGCACGUGGUGGUUGAUUACCCUUGUUGUCUGGCUGCACGCGAUCGUCUGGGCUAUUCUUCCAGUGUUAGGCUGGAGCAGUUAUUCCAUGGAAGCGUCGGGAGUUGCCUGCGGCUUGAACUGGCUGAAACACGACUUUAACCACACCUCCUUUGUGAUUUUCAUGACUGUUGAACACUCCAUCAUUUAUCUGUUGGCGUUCAUUUUCCUUAAGUCUGCUAAAAGUUACGUGGACUCCCACACGAUCCUCGAAGUCAACACACACAACUGGUUCACCGAAAAACAGCUUGUCUGGAUAACAUUUACUUUUCUGCUGAUUUCUGGAAUAGGCUGGGGUCCUUACGGCUAUUUUGCAGUUUGGAGCCAGCACACUCAAAUUACCAGUAUUUCUAUGUUAGCCGUCACUUUGCCGCCUCUGUUCGCUAAGGGAUCAACUUUAUUUUACAUUAUACCAUACCUUGUGGCUAGCGACCGUUUUCGGGACGCUGUUGUUGGAGGCGUGGUGAGGACCGAAAACAAAAAAGACAAGUAGAUAAUCUUGGUCACUUUGGAGAAACGUUUAAUGCGUGAAGGAACAGAGAGGAAAGCUUCAAAAGUUUAUUUUACCAGAAUCUUAUGUGUUUUUCAAGAAAUCUUUGAAAAUCUGUUAAAAAACAUAUCUUUAAAAAUAAAGUUCAUCCUUAAAGACGAGAAAUCUAUAUACGUUUAGGCUUACCUUUGUGGCUCCAUCAGAAGCACAGUUAGUCUUUAUGAAUUCUCGUCUUCGUUUUCUAUAAAGGUUUUACUUUUGAUUUACAUAAGUAUUUCUAUGCCGUGCAAUCUUUUACAAACAUUGUGUUAUAUUUGA